ACAAAAGAUAUGUCCGAUGUUGCAACGGUGCUAACCUAGGGCUCUGUGUUGCAUGGCACGACCGCAAGCUGCACUUAUCCGUCCAGGGAGAAAGACCUAACUGGCCUGCGCCGUAUGACGAAAGCCGUAUGAACUCUGGCUCCCGCCCUAGAAGCCCUCUUUCGAUGACGCCUUGGUGUUGAUGGUGGACAGCCCGGCGUGGAUAGGCACGGAGAGGCAUGGUUGAUCGCCGGACCAGAAGAGGUGCAGAUGGCCACCAGCCUUGAGAGAUACUGUGCUCUGGGCAUGGAGCCAUGAUCCAUGAUCCAUGAUCCACAGCUUGGUAGCACGAGUGAGCGCACCGCCAUUCAUCUUGGGCUGUGGUUGAAGAGAAAGACUCCAAGUUUGCUUCCUCAAGCAACCAAUACCAGCACCGUUUGGAACCUAACAGCUACAACAAUCAUAUUUCACAAGGUAACACUGCACACUAUGCACACUCUGCAUUGGUGCGUACCAAAGAAUGUCACUAUUGGGGCGCUCGUCUCUCCCUCCACCUCUCUCUAUCUCUCCCACUCCCACACUCCCUUCUUUCCUUGCUCUGUGUACGUAUGUAGGUGUCUGUAUGUAUGUGUAUGUGCAUGGUGUGUGUGCGUGUGUAUGCGUAUGUACUCCGUAUAUUUGUAUGUCUGUGUGUGUGCGUCCUUAACCACAUGUGCGUAUGCUUCGCAUAUGACUCUGGUAUCCCAUCCAUACAAAGGACCACAAAUAUCAUCUCAUUGAGAACUGCAAAGGACAGAGCAGUGGUAGUAAUUAACCACUUCACCCUCAAAU